ACAGGGAAUGGUGAUUUAUUGUGACAAAGAAUACAUGUGGGACACAGUGAAUGUUUGCUUAUGUGCUUUGUCUGUAGUGUGUGUCCCUGACACUUGGUGACCCCACCUGGUAACCCCACCUGGUGACCCCACCUGGUGACCCCGACGUGAUCUGUCGUGGGUUUGUCUCGUCUCGUGGAAAGUCGGAUGUAAAAUUGCCUUUAACCCUGUGUUUGUGAUCUCCCUUAUGAUUAGGUGAGGACAAGUUCAAGGUGAAGUUAUGUCAUGUCAUUUAGGGAGGUUUGAACUAUUGCUACUUGUUUUUUGUUGUUAGUGCUUUGUGUGGGACCUUGUGCAUUUACUCCGCCUUCAGCUUCACGGGUGUAAGGGUUAAGUCAUUAGAGGUAGACAAGGACUGAGUUUUCACCUCACAACUCGAGAACAUUCCCUGUCGACAGACACGGCUGACAUGCAGCAGAUCCCAUCAGAUGAAGACGUUUGUGUGGCAUCGCUGGCUGACCGAGACUCAGUCGUGGCGAUAGACGAUGACGUGUACAGCGGCCUGGAUUAUCUCCCUGCCACCUACCCGUCUCUUGUGGAAGGACCUGGCGUUCGUGGCUACCUUUACAAAAAAGGAGGCAGAAUUGUUGCAUUUUUGAACACUCAGCUGAUAGACGGAGGACGGACAGUGAUACACAGUACAGCAAGAGUGGCGCCUGAAUACAGAGGAAGCGGAGUCUUUGGGAGAUUUCACAGACUAAUUCGUAGCAACUACAUCGGGACACCUAACAUUUGCUACAUUGCCUUAACGGUCACUGAUAUCACCAUGACAGCGAUUGGACAGAAGCUUCUAAGAACGUAUCGACAGGUCACCGAGAAAACAAUCACAACUGUUGGGCUGACAUCAUUUAAUUUUAAUGUCAAUGUUGGUAAAACUACAACACUUUUUCCGGGAUUAAGAACACUCUCUACUGACGAUAUGACAUCUAUCAUGUCUUGUGAGGACGGCCGCCUUCACCAUCUCUUCCCAGAUGGAAGAAUUAUUCUAGACUGGCAGCCAUACCGACUGAUGGCAGCUAACGUGCCCCUCAUCACCAACACCUGCACACACCGCGUCUUCCUGGCUACAGACGCCAACAGUCCUCCCUUGGACACAGGCUUGCUGUCUGUCCCUACAGUCCUGUCUGCAGGAAGCUACUACAGGUGCAGUAAAGGUACCCAGUACAUAACAGAUCUUUUUGGCGAGGGAAGUGAAGAAGACCUGCGCGCGCAUAUCACGUGGCACCUGUUGCGAUCAGCUGACGUAGGAAACGGAAAUGUUGUCUUCAGCAUCUAUCACACCAGAGGGUUGGAUGACAUUAUCGCAGAUCUGGGCAAGACCUUUCCACUUAAAAAAUUCAGUUUGUCCUACGAGAAACUGAUCGUGUUAGAACAAGAUGUGUGUCAAAGGUCGAACGACCCCGUUAGCAGUCGCAUGUGAACAGCAGUCACCCUGUUGUCUAGUGGAGCACCAGGGAAUCUCAAUCGUUUGAAUAUUGUUGCUGAUUUUGUGAUUGUGGGUGUGGUGAUAGUACUGUUUUUUAUAUUGCUUCUUACUUUUAUUUUUAAGUGGACGAGAUAAAAGGAUUUAACAACAUUUAAAAGAAUCUCUUUAAAAGAUUCUAAAAUCAUUUUAAAAGUUAUGAUUUUGGUGAAAGCUUCUAUGAUAUUACAAUCAGUAUGGUUCAAACAAGAUUUUAUGAAUGUGCAUCCAUGAAUUUUUUUUCUAUUCAUAUUUAAUAUCCAAAUCACUUUUAUUUGGCAUUUUUUACUAUGGGUGUAACAAGCAUUUCAGUCUCUAAAUUAACAACUGAAAUGCUGAAAUAUAUUUGGUACACAGCUCAGAUUUUAGAAAACUGCUGAAAGGACUUUGACUGGUAACUGGUUGUCUGCAUGUAGGUCUAAGAAUAAUAAUAAAUAUUGCCAAAUCGCUAAAUUAUACCUUUGGACACGAAAGCAUUCACAGACGGUGAUGUGACACAUGUUGUAUUCCUUAUUGUUAUCAUACAUGUCACUCUAGUAGAACAAGUCAAAUCGGAGGUGAGGAAUCCCAUGAUUAGUACUUUAAUUAAUGUAUAAUAAUAUUGCUGCAUUAGCAAAAUAACUCAUUAACUAUAAUUAGACGGUUUUUUAUUGUUUUACCAGAAAACAUAACAGAGAUGUAACUUUUCAAUGUUUUCUAUUAUUUAGCUAGAUUAUUUGUAUGUGUAGGAAACUUCUGGCAGUCUGUUUGAAUAUACAUCAAAACAACUAGUUUAUAUAAAGAUCUUACAGAUAUUUACUUGAUGCUCAUUACUUUUAGUUUGUUUGGCUUUUUAUUUUUUUAUUGUUCUAUGAAGGUAUCAUUCACUAUGCCUAAAGUAUUUAUGCUUAACUAGAUUAUUUUAAGAUAAAUAAAAACAAAAUAACAUUUCUAAACUAUACUAUCUCUACUAUUUAUAAAGCAGCUUUGAAACUUUUUAUUCAUGUGGACAUGGUGUAUAUCUGCCUCUGUGUGUGUGUGUGUGUGCAUUUGUAAGAACGGAUACACAAUACAAAGACUAAGAGAUAGUCACCCUUCCA